UUUAUCCGCGAGGUCGGCCAUCUUGGAUUUCUAGCAGAAUGAUCAGAACUAUUAUAUUCUUUGGAGCUGGUGGACUCUUUACAGCCUGCUAUAGCAAUGUUGUUAGAAGACUACCAAUGUGGAGAAAGCCUAGUCUCCAUGUCAUCUGUACCAGUAUAGGCGUGUAUCUAGGGUAUCUAGGACAUAGAUUUGAAGAGACGGCAGAAGACAGAUAUAAAGAGAUGAUUAAGAAACAUAAGAAUGCCCCUUGGUAUCCCAAAGGACAAUUAUUAGCUGAACGAUAUGCUAGAGAAAAAGAACUUUUAGGUGGAAAUGAGGAAACAGAAGAAGAAGCUGAAGAGGAGAAUGAAGAAAAUGGUGAAGAUGAAGAAGAGUAGAUCGUUUUGUGUCUAUUUUAGAUUACUUGAGUCUCUCAUCCUCAGAAUAUUGAAAUAUUUCUGUUGAAAAGUA